CUCGACACGCCGGAAUCGCGUAGACAGUUGGAAAGAAAAUUAAUCACUAUUCCUUAUGAGUUUUAUCACUCCCUCUUGCCGAGGGGUCUCGACUUUCAGAUCAUGAGCAAUGGUCGAUAUAAAAGCAUCGAGCAUCGUGUGACUGCCAAUGGAAGCAAGAACAGGGUUUCAGUCCCAAUUUUUGUGAACCCCAGACCUUUUGAUGUUAUCCGUCCACUGACAGAAGUGCUGGAGAAUGGAGAGAAACCAAUGUACAAGCAAGUUCUUUACUCGGAUUACGUCAAGCAUUUCUUCAAGAAAGCCCAUGAUGGAAAAGACACUAGAAUUUGCAAAGAUACGAAAAGUUUCAAGUCAAGCCUGCUAUCUUCGUUUGGAGUAAUACGGAGAAUAAUCAUUACAAUAAAUUACGGAUCAUCAAGGCAUGGUCCAAGAGAACCAAAGCUAGUCUGUGAUCUAACUCUGUAUCAGAGAGAGAGUUUCUCUAUUUAA